AUGGAUGAGAAGCCUUCCACCAGGAAAAUUCCCGAAUUCUGUUCAUUACGCUAUGGACUGGCUCUCAUCAUGCACUUCUCAAACUUUACCGUGAUAACCCAGCGUGUGAGUCUGAGCAUUGCAAUCAUUGCCAUGGUGAAUAGCACUCAGCAGCCUGGUUUAUUCAAUGCCUCCACAGAAAGACCUCUUGCAUUCACCCUCAAUCGCUCCAACAGAUCCACCAAGGAAUUUAAUUCAGGAGCCUCUGUAUAUGAAUGGAGCCCAGAGACUCAGGGUAUCAUCUUUAGCUCCAUCAGCUAUGGGAUAAUACUGACUCUGAUCCCAAGUGGCUAUUUAGCAGGGAUAUUUGGAGCAAAGCAGAUGCUUGGUGCUGGUUUGCUGAUCUCCUCCCUUCUCACCCUCUUUACACCACUGGCUGCUGACUUUGGAGUGAUUCUGGUUAUUGUGAUUCGGACAGUCCAGGGCAUGGCCCAGGGAAUGGCAUGGACAGGUCAGUUUACAAUUUGGGCAAAAUGGGCUCCCCCACUUGAACGAAGCAAGCUCACCAGCAUUGCGGGAUCAGGGGCAGCAUUUGGGUCCUUCAUCAUCCUCUGUGUGGGGGGACUAAUCUCACAGGCAUUGGGCUGGCCUUUUAUCUUCUACAUCUUUGGUAGCAUUGGCUGCGUCUGCUGUCUCCUGUGGUUCAUGGUGAUUUAUGAUGACCCCAUGCAUCACCCAUGCAUAAGCGUCAGGGAAAAGGACCACAUCGUGUCUUCACUGGCUCAACAGUCCAGUUCUCCUAGACGAUCUGUCCCCAUAAAGGCUAUGGUCAGAUGCCUACCACUUUGGGCCAUUUUCACGGGUUUUUUCAGCCAUUUCUGGUUAUGCACCAUAAUCAUAACUUACCUACCAACGUACAUCAGUUCUGUGCUCCAUGUCAACAUCAGAGAUAGUGGGGUUCUGUCCUCCCUGCCUUUUAUUGCUGCCUCAAGUUGUACGAUUCUAGGAGGUCAGUUGGCAGAUUUCCUCCUGUCCAGGAAUCUUCUCAGAUUAAUCACCGUCCGAAAACUCUUUUCAUCCCUAGGUAUGCAAGUUUCCUCAUGGGAAUCUCAAGGGGAUUUGGGCUCAUCGCAGGAAUCAUCUCUUCCACUGCCACCGGAUUCCUUAUCAGUCAGGAUUCUGUGUCUGGAUGGAGGAAUGUCUUUUUCCUUGCUGCUGCUGUCAACAUGUUUGGCCUGGUUUUUUACCUCACAUUUGGACAAGCAGAAAUCCAGCACUGGGCCAAAGAGAGGACUCUUACCCAUCUCUGAGGAUAUAGUUGCAGACUUAAAUGUAGUACUGACCAUUAACUUUUUCAACAUUUUUUACUUAUUGUCAUUCUCUUUUCAUAUUCUUGGCCAUAGGCUCAGCAGUUCUCAAUUUCGGUUACAUGUUAGAUUUCCCUGGGGAGUUUCUAAAAUAUACAGAUGAAUGGGCUCUACUCAGGAGAUUCUGAAUGAAUUGGUCUGGGAUAGAGCCCAGAUAUCACUAAUUUUUAGACACUCCCCAGGAUUUCUAACAUGCAGCCAGGGUUGACAACCUGCUAGACAAACAUGAAACAUCAAUUCCUGUUGCCUUUGAAUUUUCCUUUUUGUAAGAAACUAGAUAAAAAACUGUGUUAAAAUAAUCACUGAUAAGUACCUUCAUGAGGGUGAUUAUAGACACAGAGAAGAUCUACUAGAACCAGAGUUGUAUGUUCUAGAGCUCAGCACAGAAUCUUAAGGCUGUAAUCCACAGUGUUAACAUUUUUAUUGUUUUUAUACAUUGAGAAACAUGGAUGUUUAUUUAUGUGGUUGCAUUCUAUUAAAAUUCACAUGCUAAAAUUUAA